UGUCGGUGUGUGUGUGUGUGUGUGUGUGAGUGUGGUGUGUGUGGUGUGUGUGUGUGGUGUGUGUGUGUGUGUGUGAGUGUGCGCGCUCGGAGUGUGUGUAUUUGUGUAUCGGCGGUCCCGGAGGUCCCGGAUGUUGCGGACAGUAUGAGGCGAGCGCAGGGGGACGGGGACCAGCAGCUGUCGCCGCCGCUUUCAGUUCUUGGUGGACACAACAUCUUUGUUGGUAUGUGGUGCUGAGGAUCGAACCCGGGCCGCACGCAUGCCAGCACCACAAGGAAAUAUCAACACUUAAAUCUUGUAAGCAACCAGCAGAGUGAAGAAAGAACAGAAAUCUUUGUUCCCUGACUUUGGAAACCUUGUUUAACCUUCAAACUGGCGAUGUCAAGGGUUCCAAGUCCUCCACCUCCGGCAGAAAUGUCGAGUGGCCCUGUAGCUGAGAGCUGGUGCUACACUCAGAUCAAGGUAGUGAAAUUCUCCUACAUGUGGACCAUUAAUAACUUUAGCUUUUGCCGGGAAGAAAUGGGUGAAGUCAUUAAAAGUUCAACCUUUUCAUCAGGAGCCAAUGAUAAACUGAAAUGGUGUUUGCGAGUAAACCCAAAAGGGCUAGAUGAAGAAAGCAAAGAUUACCUGUCACUUUACCUGUUACUGGUCAGCUGUCCAAAGAGUGAAGUUCGGGCAAAAUUCAAAUUCUCCAUCCUGAAUGCUAAGGGAGAAGAAACCAAAGCUAUGGAGAGUCAACGAGCUUAUAGGUUUGUGCAAGGCAAGGACUGGGGAUUCAAAAAAUUCAUCCGUAGAGAUUUUCUUUUGGAUGAGGCUAACGGGCUUCUCCCUGAUGACAAGCUUACCCUCUUUUGUGAGGUGAGUGUGGUUCAAGAUUCCAUAAACAUUUCUGGCCAGAAUACCAUGAAUAUGGUGAAGGUUCCUGAAUGCCGGUUGGCAGAUGAGUUAGGAGGGCUGUGGGAGAAUUCCCGGUUCACAGACUGCUGCCUGUGUGUUGCUGGCCAAGAGUUCCAGGCUCACAAAGCUAUCUUAGCAGCACGUUCUCCAGUUUUUAGUGCGAUGUUUGAACAUGAAAUGGAGGAGAGCAAAAAGAAUCGGGUUGAAAUCAAUGAUGUGGAGCCUGAAGUUUUUAAGGAGAUGAUGUGCUUCAUUUACACGGGGAAGGCUCCAAAUCUCGACAAAAUGGCUGAUGAUCUGCUGGCAGCUGCUGACAAGUAUGCCCUGGAGCGUUUGAAGGUCAUGUGUGAGGAUGCCCUCUGCAGUAACCUCUCCGUGGAGAAUGCCGCAGAAAUUCUCAUCCUGGCUGACCUCCACAGCGCAGAUCAGUUGAAAACUCAGGCAGUGGAUUUCAUCAACUAUCAUGCUUCAGAUGUCUUGGAGACCUCUGGAUGGAAGUCAAUGGUGGUGUCACAUCCCCACUUGGUGGCUGAAGCAUAUCGCUCUCUGGCUUCAGCACAGUGCCCUUUCCUGGGACCCCCCCGAAAACGCCUGAAGCAAUCCUAAGAUCCUGCCUUUUGCAAGACUCCGGAUUUUCCAGAAGCAGCAGCCCCUGUUGCUGCCACUGACCACCAGGUAGACAGCGCAAUCUGUGGAGCUUUACUCUGUUGUGGGGAAGAGACUGCAUCGUGGCCCCAGACUUUUGAAACAGCACUAAAUAACUUGGGGAAGCCGGGGGGAGGGAAAGGCCCAGGACUCGGGGCUACUCAACCUAAUGAAAACCCUGUUGCUGCGUCACCGUGUUCCCUUUGGCUUGACCAAGUCUGACUCUGGGAUUCAGUUUAGGUGCUGGCCCUGAGCACAUCCCAGUCGUGGUACUUCGGAGAAACCUGCCUGCAUCUGACUGAGCAGAACAAAUUAUCAGGUGCCUGGAGCAAAAAGGAAAAAGAGGAAAGAAAAAAAAAAAGGACAUUUAGUUUUAAGAGAAGGGAAAAGGAAAGAAGAGUUUUUGCAGAAUUUUUCAAAAAUCAGUUUGUGAAUUCUAAUAGUAUUUAUGUUGAGAGAAGCAAAUUUUAGUCCUUCCAACUGUGCUGAAGCUUGGAUGUUUGUGAAAACUCCUCACCACCACACAAAUAUCAGAAGAGCUCUCUCGUUAGCACUUAUUGUUUGCAAGAACAGAAUACAUCCUUUUAUCCUCUUAUGAAAGUGACAAGCGAAGGCAAAAGGGGAAGAGGUUAUUUGAUCUGGAAGAUAAGUGUUCUGAUGAUAGUGGCUUUUGCAAAAAUCUUUAUUGGUGUUGAAAACUGGAAAAAAAAAAUCAUCCAGAAUUCAUGCUGUCUUGACAAGAACUAUGGUUCUCUGUUUUUAGAUAUUGUGGAAAAUGUUUUUUGGCAUUUUUCUCUGAUUUUAUUUCUCUUCCCUCCCCCCUCCCUUUUUUCUAAAAAACAAAAACAAAAAAAAAAAAACACAAGAAAUCUGAAAACACACAAAACAAAAACAACAAAAAGAAGAGAAGAAAAAAGGAAAUUUUAUUAUUAAUGCUGUGUGAAAAAAGUCCCAGCACAGAUUGCUCAGCUGUUUGUACCUGACUUGCCACCUGCAUAGGAGCCAGUCCUGUUCCUCCUUCUUAGCCCUCUUCCUACAGGGGAGAACUUCCAAAUGUUAAUUUUUUCUUUUUGAAAAUAUAAAUAAUUACUAUUUUGUA